UAUUUGAGCCAUUUUUUAAUAGACUUUAUUUUGUAUGUUCAACAGACACCUCAGCCAUUGGGCCCGCGGGUACAAGCCAAGCCAAAAUCGAAGAUCUCUGCAUCUCGAAAACUCUCCUUAAAGAUCCUGCUGCUCCAGAGGGCCAUGGAGGAGCUGGAGCAGGAGAAGGUCAGCCGGGAUGAAGAAAAGGUGAAAUAUCUGAGCGAGAAACUUCCACCUCUUCAAAUAACAGGCCUUCAGCUGGAGGAGCUGCAGAAACUGUGUCGGCAGCUCCAUGCCAAAAUCGACAGUGUGGACGAGGAGAGAUACGACUUUGAGGCCAAAGUGGUUAAAAACAACAAAGAUAUCCAUGAGCUGAAGCUGAAGGUGCAGGAUCUGGGAGGGAAGUUUAAGAAACCGGCGCUCAGGAAGGUGCGCGUGUCUGCAGACGAGAUGAUGAGAGCACUGCUGGGCUCCAAACACAAGGGCUCCAUGGACCUCCGAGCAAACCUCAAAUCUGUCAAGAAAGAGGACAUCAAACAAGAGAAGGUUAUGUCCACAGAGGUGGGCGACUGGAGAAAGAACGUGGAGGCCAUGUCUGGAAUGGAGGGCAGAAAGAAGAUGUUCGAUGCUGCUGGUGGAGGACAGUAGAGACACGAGUGUACAUAUAUAUAUAUAGCAGUGUGUAUAAUUGUGUAAAUGUUUGUGUGUGUUUGUCAAAAUAAAAUCACAUGUAAUUGAA